AUGAAGUUCCUGUCCACCGUUUUCCUAGGUGCUGCCGCCCUAGCCAACAUGGCCCUAGCCGACUCCGAACAAUUCUACCUUUUGUGUAUAAAAUCUGCUUCUCAAUUCCAUUACUCGUCCAUCCACCCAGUGAACGGUCAGCUAAAGGUGAUCGGCAAGCCCGACGGUCUAUCUGCGGUCGUUACCGACGACCGCAAGUUGAAGUUCUCCGAUGGCACAUACGCCGUCGUCACUCAGAAGGGCCCAGUUGUUGAGGGUUCCAAGGACAACGCCUCGACCGGUUUCUUUGUUGCCGACGGCCACUUGCAGUACGCUGACCUGUCGUUCAUGCCCGCUCCUAACGGCGACAGCUUCGACCUUUCCGUGACCCCUAGCACUGACCCUCGGGUCGUUCUCGCCAUCCGCGCUACAAACAACAGUGGCGGUGUGAUUCCUGACUUCCCAGCUCACAACUAA